AUGAACGGCCUCGAAAUCUCCCCAUUUAUCGCAGCCCUCCCCAAAGUCGAGCUUCACAUCCACAUCGAAGGAACCCUCACACCUGCCUUGCGCUGGAAACUCGCCCAUCGGAACAACAUCCCCUUACCCUACGAAACCUACUCCGAGCUCGUCGACAGCUACAAAGUAACCUACAACCACCGCCGCGAACUCAACGGCGACAAUGGUGCACCCACUUUCCUCGAAACAUACUUUGCAGGCUGUCAGGUUCUCUGCACGGAGGACGAUUUCUAUGAAUUGGCCAUGGACUAUUUCCGGAAAGCGGCCGAGAUGAAUGUGAGAUAUGUAGAGCCGUUUUUUGAUAUUCAGGCGCAUACGAAGAGAGGGGUUGCUGCGGAGGCGGUUUUGGAUGGGUUUUUGAGGGCACAGCGUGAUGGUGCGGAGCGGUGCGAUGUGCGGAGUAAUUGGAUAUUCUGCUUUUUGCGCGAUGAGUCAGUGGAAAGUGGGUUGGAGGCAUACCGCACCGCAAGGCCGUGGGCAACGACCAAAGAUGGAAAGGGAAAGGGACUUUUCCAUGCGGUGGGGUUGGCGAGCAAUGAAUAUGACCGCCCGCCUUUACUGUUCGAAGAAGGAUUCCGACUAGCGAAAGAGGAUGGUUUACAUGUCACUAUGCACUGCGACGUGGAUCAGAAAGAUGCCGUUGACCAUGUGCAUGAGGCCAUCUUCCAGGUCUGCGCUGGCCAAGGCACAGAACGAAUUGAUCACGGUCUGAACGCGAUUGAUAGACCAGACCUGAUGCAAGGAUUGAAAGAGCGCAAUAUCGGUCUAACGCUCUGUCCGCAUGCGUACCAUCGUCGCCAAGCGACCGAAACACUAUUUCCUAAAAUCAGGAAGUUAUGGGACGAGGGAGUGAAGAUCUGUAUCAACAGCGAUGAUCCGACGUAUAUGCAUAAUGUGUGGAUUGAUGGGAAUAUGAUGAAGGUGUACGAAUACUGUCGGUUUUCGGAGGGUGAUAUGAUUCAAUUAGUGCGAAACGCUGUGGAGAUGAGUUGGGCGGAAGAUGAGGUCAAGCAGGAGAUUCUGAAAGAGCUGGAAGAGUUCGCUGUCAGCAGUUAG